AUGUCUGCUUUACAACCAGUAAAUGUAUCUCCUCUAAUUAAAGGAGCUCGAUGGAGUUUUCUAAUAGGAGGACUAAUUUACGGAAGAUUGAGAUAUAAUUAUUUAAUGAAAAAAGAACAAAGAAGGUUAGACGAAUUGGAAAGAACUAGACCAGAGCGAGAAGCAAAAUUAGCCGAAAAGUUGAAGAAAAUGCGGGAAGGUAAAUAA